UGGUUGAAAGAGGAGUGUGCUUUCAUUGCGAGGAGAUUGCGUACAGGUUUAAUUGAACUAAAUUUCCAUCAGAUGAGUCACGUUUUAUAAAACCGAAGCCAUAAGGAUUAUACAAACAUUUGGCUUUUAGGAUUUAACGGAACUUAAACCGACUACAGCAACUAGAUAUGGCGUCAAUGGCUCCGUGCGAUGGGAGUCGGAGACCAUUCAAUAAAAGCGGAAAGAUAGACAAAGUAUUCCAGCCUCCAGAUCUCAGACAAAUCACCAUCCUAAGCCAAACUGGCUGGCACAAGAUUCAAGAUGAAAUGAACGGGGUCGAUAAAGAAAAGGAGCGUCUUAGAGAGGCAGCCAAACGCAGGGAAGCCCUGCACCUGCAGUCAAAGGAAAUUGUUAAGCUGUGGCCUGAUACUAUUGCUGGUCAAAGGCAAAAAAAGCUGGAGGCUAAGAAGAUCCGAGAGGAGACGGAGGAGGAAAAGAGGAAAGAAAUGGCUGCAGAGGAAGCCAGAUACAAGGAAGAAGAGCAAAAAGAGGCCUUGACAAAAGCCAGAACUCAGCUGUAUUAUCAAAACGACCGGGUGAAAGGAUUAAACCGCGCCCUCCUGCACACAGAGGUGCUGAAAGAGAGGGAGGCUCAAACAGAGCUCAAGGAAAGGAUGAAAAGUGCCACUAAAGACAUGGAUAAAAAGUUCCUGGAAAUAAUGACAGCCAGAAACAGUGAAGCCCUGAGGAAAGAGCAGGAAAAGGCUGUGCAAAAGAAGCUUGAGAGACAGACAGUAGCAGAAGACCUGAAAAACCAGAUAAAGGCCAACGAGUUUGCGCGGGAGCAACAGAAGCUGGAAAUCAAGAAGGACGGCGAGGAAAUCCAGCAACUUCAGGAGCGUUAUCAGUGGGAGCAAAGAAUGGAGUCCGAGCGGCAAGCAAACCAGAAGAGGAACCUCAUGAACGCUCACCUGGUCAAUCAUAAAAGACGAGAUUGUACAUUCUUUGCAUCCAGAUUUUACAGUCUCUUUAUUUGUGCUUUUUGUGUCCCUCAGGAUCAUCUCAAUAAUAGAGCACUAAGAAAAGAGCAAGAGGCGCAAAAGCAGAAGGCUGAAGAAGAGCAGAUGAAACUCUUUCUUUCAGCCAAGGAACAAAUGACAAAGCUACGGAAACAAAGAGAGAAAGAGUUAUUUAGUGAAGUUCAGCAGCAAAGAGAGAGGAUUUUGAACAAGCUGACAGACACGCAGCAGGAGCAGGCUACAAACGAGGAGCAGAGGAUCGCUAAAGCUCUGGCUGAGUGGGAUGCAAGACAGGCGCAACUGCAGCAGAAGGAGGAACGGAAGAAGUCCGAGAUGUUGAAGUCGAUAGCUGCACACAGGGAGCUUUUGAGAAAUGAAAAGGAGCACUUGGAUAAAAUUGCAGAGCAGGAAACCCGAGAUGCUCUGCAGGCAAAGAGAGAUGCCGACAAAGUAUAUGCCAAGCAGCAACAACUGAAGGCUGAGAAAAUGAGAGAAGAACAAAGAAAAUUGCAUGACUUCAAUGUUGCACAGAUGGCAGAAAGAAGCGCCAGACUUCAGCAGAUGAAAGACGAGGAACGAGAGUUCGAAGCAAAGAACAUGAAGCUCAGCGCUGAAGAAGAACUCAAGUUUCAGCAGUACUCACAGCACAUCAUCAAGGCAGCAGCAGAGGCCAAGAGAAACUUGAUUCCACUUUACAAAGCCACGAGAGAAGGAGUGGGAGGAGGGCACGGCCCCGUUUUCAGCGGAGUUAGGCCCAGCUAUCUCGUCCAGGACAGCUCUGGAGCUCAGAUGCCCAGAUACGUGUCCAUCACCACAGAAAGCAUCAGAAAACUUAACGAGGCUGGAGACAUUCACGAGGCAAAGAAGAGACUGGGCUUCACCUGGUGAAUUUUUUUAAGACUUUGUCACUUUAAAACUAGGGCUGCAACUAUUAUUUUAGUGAUCAAUUAUGUUAUUAUUCUAUAAUCAGAUAAAGUGUGUUGAUUUGCAAUUAUCCAUCACAGAUCAAACGUCAGUACAGCACAGCUCACUUCUUUUAGGGAACAGAUUUGCUACAUUGUAUAGCAGAAUACUGUGUGGUCUCAAACUGAGCUGUUUUCAAACGGAAAUCUGGAAAGGUUUUAGGCAAAAAGUCUUUUCCAUUUCCUAAUAUGGAAAAUAUUUGUUUCAGUAGAUUUUAUCCUUUGUAUCAGUAUUUGAAUAUUGUAUCCAUUUCUCCAACAAACUUAAUUUGUCCCAUUUCUUUGUUCAAUAUUUAAACCCUGACAUUCUUGGAAUAUCUGCAGUAAUUUCAAGGUGAACUUUUACAUUUAUAGUUUAAAAAUGGACAAAACCUACAGGAUUUAUAUAAUACGUUGACCAGGAAAAGCUAAGAACCUAAAAUAGCCACUAUUAAGCAGGUCAACAUUGAGCAGAUAAGCAGUUUUUUUCUCCAUGUAUAAAAGUCAUCAGCAAGACAGAGUCUCAGCCAGGUGACAUCUUCAAGUUUAGGUUUUUAUUAAUGUCAUUUUGAUUUGAAGUAAUGUUUUGGACUCUUACAGUAUAUAAAAACAAAGAAACCACGCUUUAUAAUUUAAUCAGCACUCCCACAUUUUCUUCCAAGAAAGAAAUUGUACAUUUGUUUUUCAUUCUAAAUAAAGAUGACAGAAUUACAGUAAAAGUUUGGCAGAGUAAAAAAACCACAAAAAAAAAACCCAA